CAAAAAAUUGAACACACCAGCAGUGUGAGGAGACCUGAAAGUGGCACAUGGCAUGGCAGAGUGUGGCGAUGGAGACAGCAGCAAUGGGAGGCCGUACAGGGACCCAUGAGAGACUCGGGACUUGGCAGCAGCAUGAGGAGGCGGUACAGGGGCCCAUGGCAGAUUAGGGGCCUGGCAGCAGCUAUGGGAGGCCCCCGUAAUCUGCCAGCACCCUAUGACAAAAAAUGGAACACACCAGCAGUGUGAGGAGACCUGAAAGUGGCACAUGGCAGAGUGUGGCGAUGGAGACAGCAGCAAUGGGAGGCCGUACAGGGACCCAUGAGACACUCUGGACCUGGCAGCAGCAUGA